AUGAGUGGCACACAUGUCAAUGCCCCAGUCCCGGAAGAUUCGUCGAAAACAAUAAAAGUUUAUGAUAACAGUCGAAAAUUGGAUUUCAUUUUACGGAAUGGACUAGCCGGAGGUAUCGCGGGUUGUGCCUAUUCGGCCCACUGGAAUGGCUUGUUUAAGGCUGCCAGAGUCAUUAAAACGAAGUAUGGAAUAUCUGCGCUUUUCAAAGGGCACUCGGCAAGCUUAAUCCGCGUCUUUCCUUAUGCUAGCAUCAACUUUCUCGCAUACGAACAGUUCCGAAUGGCAAUCAUUACAGCCCCUGAGAAGGAAACACCGUUCCGUCGAUUUUUGUGCGGUAGUAUGGCCGGUGCGAUAUCCACACUUGUCACAUACCCUCUUGAGUUGAUCCGUACUCGUCUUGCCUUCGAAACAGUACAAACGAAUCCUUUAUCUUGGCUUGAUAUUUCUCGAAAAAUUUACUUUGAAGGUGGAGGCAACGGGAGGUUGUCACAUCUUUAUCGGGGAAUUGCCCCAACUAUGCUAGGUAUACUUCCGUAUGCCGGGACGUCAUUCCUAACCCACGAUCAAGUUAGAGACUUGCUUCUCUCAUCUACAUUUGCACCCUAUACUCUAGAAGCAAUAUCAUCAACUCGACUUACCGCUGUUGCCCAGCUUUCUUGCGGAGCAGUCGCUGGGAUAGUUGCCCAGACAAUUUCCUACCCAAUCGAUGUUCUUCGACGGCGAAUACAGGUCGCAAGUGUUGUUGGUACUCAGUCUGGAAUUUUAGAGACAAUCCAACGUAUCUACCUCGAGAGAGGAGUAAGGGGAUUUUACGUUGGACUGACCAUUGGCUACGUGAAAAUGGUCCCUAUGGUAGCGACAAGUUUCUACGUCUAUGACCGGAUGAAGCGAUUUCUAGGGCUUAUUAAAUAG